UCAGCGCUGGGAUUUACGUGGAGAAAGGAUAAAGUGUCCAAACACAGAGAAAAACUCCUAUUGAAGCGACUGAUCUCCACAGUUAUAAAGAUGGUGUUUAUUAAAGUGGAGAGUGAAGACCUGAAGAUUGAAGAAACAUUCAGAGUCAAACAGGAAGAUCUGCAGGAACAAACAGACCUGAUGGUGCUGAAAGAAGAGACUCACCAACGGAAUGAAAUGGAAGAGAAACACCAAGACAUAACGACUGAUGAAAAACCCACACUGACUGAAAAGACAUCAUCACGAGGAAGACCUCGGAAAUCCAAAUCUGGGUGUAAUUUCACUUGUCAUCAAUGUGGAAACCAUUUCAGCCGAAAACACAGCCUUCAAGUCCACAUGAUAACUCACACUGGAGAGAAGCCUUUCAGCUGUAAACAGUGUGGGAAGAGUUUCAGUCAAAAGCCAAACCUUUAUGUUCACAUGAGAGUUCACACUGGGGAGAAACCUUACAGCUGUGAACAGUGUGGAAAGAGUUUUACUAAAAGCAAUGACUUUAAAGCCCACAUGAGAAUUCACACUGGAGAGAAGCCGUACACAUGCCAACAGUGUGGGAAAAGCUUCCGUAAUACAGGAAACCUCACAUUCCACAUGAGAAUUCACACUGGAGAGAGGCCUUUCUCUUGCUCUCAGUGUGGAAAGAGUUUUAAGCAAAAUGGCACCCUUGAAGUCCACAUGAGAACUCACACUGGAGAGAGAAUAUUCACUUGCACACAAUGUGGGAAAAGUUUUGCUCAAAAACAAAGCCUUAUCAUCCACAUGAGGAUUCACACUGGAGAGAAACCUUACACAUGCAUUGAGUGUGGUAAAAGUUUCACAUGUAAUAGCGCACUCAAUAACCACAAGAAAACUCACACCGGAGAGAAGCGGUUUGCAUGUUCUCAGUGUGGAAAGAGCUUCACAACCAAAGCUAGCAUUAAGAACCACAUGAAUGAUCACACUGGAACCAUAGUGUUCACAUGUGAUCAGUGUGGAAAGAGUCUCACAUGCAAAGACUCCAUUAAGCAACACAUGAAGACUCACUCAGGAGAGGAUCGUUUUAGAUGCAGUGAGUGUGGAAAGGACUUUAAACAUAAAAGAAGCCUCAGCACUCACAUGAAGCUUCACAAUGGAAAGCAGAGUCCUCAACACUGAGACCUUGUCCACACAAACGGGUAUAUUCAAAACGGCAGCUUGUUCUCGUAGUUUGACUGUUCAUUUAUGUGAAGUUAAUGUAUAAACUACUUUCAAGAGGAUCACAUGCUUAUGAUUGUUCACGACUGCAUUAGUUAACACAUGAUUCACCAAUCAGAUGAUUCCUAACUCACUAUAAAUAACCAGAGUUUCUUACCUCAGUUAUCUUCGUCUUUGAGCUCAAACUCUGCUAACGGGGAGGAAGCCCCGGGCUCGAGUAUCUUAUGAGCCCAGGGCUCUCUCCCGGGACAGCAUGCCAAACACGCUUUAUUAUCAAUCAUCAGCUAAGGGUGAACUCUUGAAUACAUAUCAAGUUACUGAAAAUGAAACCCUUUAACACCUGAAGAUUUAAACUGUACCUGUUUGUAGUGUAGAUCAGGGGUCACAGCCCAGUACCAGGUUGUGAGAGUUAGAAAAAACUUUAUAUGUUUUUCAACUUUAUUAUGAACCGAUAACCAUAGUUGUGCACAUUGCACACUUCAAUCAAAUGGUCAGCACUGAACAGAAAAUUAGAAAGAUUAGGGAGGAGAAAAUGUUUGGGGAGAUGCAGGGAACACUGUCCUACACCAUUAGAUUGUGUUUAUGAUGAAAACAUAAGAGGAACAGAAAUAUGGUGUUUUGAGACAGCUGACUGGGAGACAUUCAGCUAUGUCAGUGAGCAAGAGAUGAAAAAUACUGAAGUAUAUUGAUGAAGAUGAUGACAAGGUGAAUAAUUGAUGCUUGCAGUGCUCUGUUUGUGUGCAGCAAAUCAGACUAAUAUGAAGAAGGGGCAUAAGGAGAAAUGACUGUACCAUAGUGAACAAAUGAAUGUGGUGAAGCAGUCAAAUCUACAAAUAAAGCAUUUAAAAUAAUGAAAACGAAUUACAGUUUCAGAAUUUACUUUAUAUUUGUAGGAGAGGUAUAAAAAGACAAAAAAUGCCCGGUUUGCCCAGGCCUGUAUAUAUAUUUUCCCUGACUUGCCCCUGUCUAUUUAUCUGAUUUUUUUGUGUUCUCCUUAAAGAUCCCUCAGGUCCUUUGCUCAGCUCUUGCUAAGUGUUCCUAAAUCCUGCUUGAAAACAAAAGGAGACAGAGCCUUCUCAGUCUAUGCUCCAAAACCAUUCACCUUUAGAAAUGAAAGCUUCAUCUGCAUUGCUUUUAAAAAAUCAGUCAAGACCUUCCUCUUCUCUUUAGCCUAUUGAUAGAGAUCAGUUUUUCUUCUUCUUUUAGGACUCAUCGACGAUACAGAUUUUUUACAUUUAUUUUUAGCUUUUACAUGUUAUUGUAGCAUAUAUUGUCCUGUCUCUCUAAUUGUGUAUUAUUAAGCCAUGUUUGUGAAGCACUUUGUUCAACAUUCAUGUUGUUUUAAGGUGCUAUAUAAAUAAAGUUGAGCUUGAUGAAUGAAUAGUGGAGGUAGUUUUGUAAUACAGGAUGAGGGAAACAGAGUUUAGUCAAAAUUGGGGAAUAAUAAAGACACUGAGUGGGAUAAAGAGAGCAUCUGGAUAUCCAGUGUUGAGGGAUGACGGAAAAACAGCUGUGAGGGAUGAGGAGAUUAAAUCCUGGCUGAAAGUGUUGUCAGAAUUCAUAAAUCAGACAAUAUUUGUGAAGGGGAAAGAGGAAGGUUGAGAACAUUAGAUCAGUGUAAGGAACUAGUACAAGCUGACAACUGUAAUAUAUCAUAUAAUCUAGACCCUUAAACAUUCAAAUUUAUUAAUAAUCAUAAAUUCAUUUAAAACAGACAUGUGUUACUCCAU